UCAAAAUGGGGGACCCAAACUCCCAGAAGAAACAAGCUCUGAACAGACUCCGUGCUCAGCUUAGAAAGAAAAAGGAAUCUCUAGCUGACCAAUUUGACUUCAAGAUGUAUAUUGCCUUUGUGUUCAAGAAGAAGAAAAAGUCAGCACUUAUUGAAGUGUUUGAGGUCAUACCAGUUAUGACAAAUAAUUAUGAAGAAAAUAUUCUGAAAGGUGGGCGGGACUCCAGCUACUCCUUGGAAAGCGUGGAGCUUCUACAGGAUGUGGUGCAGCGGCAAGCCCCUCAGUAUCAGUCCAUGCGGAGGGAUGUAAUUGGUUGUAUGAGGGAGAUGAAUUUCAUUCUUUCGCCUCGGAAUGAUAUUGAGAAAAUUGUUGGUCUCCUGUUUUCUAGAUGGAAGGAAUCUGAUGAGCCUUUUAGGCCUGUUCAGGCCAAAUUUGAGUUUCAUCACGGUGACUAUGAAAAACAGUUUCUGCAUGUACUGAGCUGCAAGGACAAGACUGGAAUUGUCAACAAUCCUAACCAGUCAGUGUUUCUCUUCAUUGACAGACAGCACUUGCAGACUCCAAAAAACAAAGCUACCAUCUUCAAGUUAUGCAGCAUCUUCCUCUACCUGCCCCAGGAGCAGCUCACCCGCCAGGCAGUCAGCACCUUAGAGGAUCACCUCCUUCCUUACAUGCCAGAGUAA